CUGCUCGAUACACAGUCAUGUCUGGGUGGGUCUAUGUGGAAGAUAAAAAAAACAACAACAAUGACUACAUCUAUUCUGCACGACUGACCACAGUCGAGCCUUACACGCCUCAGCCAAUAGCUAAAGAGGAGAAAGAGGAUCUGACAACAGCGGAUGUCUACAACACGCCCUUAUCAGCAAACAGAAGAGGACGCCUGGAGUCGAGUCCAACAGUCGAUCAGGAGAAGUGCCGGAUUGUGCGACAGGUGAAGGAUCACACACACCUAAGGAUCACACACCUGAGGAUCACACACAUGUGAGGAUCACACACGCCUGAGGAUCACACACGUCUGAGGAUUACACACACGUGAGGAUCACACACACCUGAGGAGAAAACGCCACCGUCUUGUCACCUUCAGCACGUGCUUCUUGCCCGGAAAUGGAGAACGAACCGAUUACAGUCGAGUAUAUUACAACGAAACAGUCCAUGUGGUGGGGAACUCUUGGGACCGUCCGUCCGUUUCUGCCGUUCGAUCCGGAUCUGGACGCACAUCAGAUUCACGCGGCGCUGGAUAAGAAAAAUGCUGAUGUGGUGACUGUGAUAAACAUCCUUACUAACAGGACCAAUGCCCAAAGACAGAGCAUCGCUUCAGUCUUCCAAAACCACACACAGAAGGGUCUGAGCGCAGCUCUGAAGAAAGGUCUUUCAGGAGCUGUGCAGGAUCUGCUGUUAGGACUCAUGAUGACUCCAGCUCGCUUUGACGCUCAUCGCCUUCGACAGUCCAUGGAGGGUCUCGGGACAGACGAGGAAGCUCUCCUGGAGGUCUUGUGCACCAGAUCACAGAACCAGCUCCGACAUAUCACUGUAGCGUAUUAUGAAGCGUACAGCCGUUAUCUGGAGAACGACCUGAUCAGUGAGACGAGUAAAGAAUUUACCAAGCUGGUGCUGGCCAUAUUGAAGAAGGAGGAGAUAAACACGCCCAGCAAGAUCGAUUAUGAGCUUAUUGAGCAAGAUGUCAAGAAACUCAGAGACGCUAUCAUCGGAAAGAAAUCUAACCCUGAGCCCUGGAUUCAGGUGCUCACGUCACGCAAUUCUGACCAUCUCAACAGAGUGCUUUCUAGGCUUGAGGAUCAGAAAGGCGAGGCAGUGGAGAAAACUAUCCAGAACAGCUUCUCAGGAGACGUGCGAAUGGGGCUGCGGAUUUUGGUUAACACUAUCCAAAACACACCGCUCUUCUUAGCCCAGCGCUUACACACCAGCAUGAAGAAAAGCUCUGUGGUUAAUGGUAUCAUGGUGGCUCGGAGUGAAGAGGACCUCCUGCGGGUGAGGGUCGAGUUCUGCAAACUGACCAAUCUCUCCCUUUACUCCACCAUACAGAAAGAAUUCAAAGGCGAGCUGCAGCUGGCUCUCCUGGCUCUGUGUCGAUCUGAGGAUGCAUAGAGGAACAAGCAUGGAACAAGCGAGGAGAAAGAUUGCAAUUGAACCUGUACAGAAAUUUACUUUCCCUGACUCACAUACUGUACACUUUGCUACAUGGUUAUUUAACAUUCUCAGAAUAUUUCACAUUCUGUCUUGGUUUAGGAUUAAAACCAUAAGAAAGAGAAAUUGCACUGUGGUGCAUUAUUAUUAUUAUUAUUAUUAUUAUUAUUAUUAUUAUUAUUAUUAUUAUUAUUAUUAUUAUCAUUAUUAUUAUCAAUAUUAUUAUUAUUAUUGUGUGGACUUAUUGCUAUGGUGACGUAUCUUUUGAGGAGACAUGUAUUUGUAUGGAAGGAGUCUUCAGGACUCUACAGUGUCCAUGGUUAUGCCGUAACUUUUUUUCUGGACAGUGGAGUUGUUCACGCUUUAUGGUUUCUCUGUAACAUAAAAAAAAAGAAUUUUUUGUCUUAUUAACUUAAAAAAAAAUAGACUGGAUGGUGAGAAAUGUAUAGUUUCUGGAAGUGGCAACAGGAUGUAAAUGUAACUUUUAAUGGAUAAAAAGAAAAUAUCAAUUAUAAAUGGUAUUUGAUGAUAAAUGGUGCAGUAUGUGAGGAAUAAAACCCCAUAAAGUGUAAAUCUAUAAUAAGUCUCAGUCCGCAUGAACCUUCUUCUUGCUAUUAUAGAAACAGGAGAUGUUCAGUUAGGAGAUUUGGAGAAGCUUUUGUGUUAAAUCAUGUUCCUCCUGAGCCACUCCUGCACUGAUUCCAUUGACCUGCAGUGGAUUUGGUUCCAAAACGGAAGCUACAAAUUAGGAAGGUUUUAACCCCCAACACCUAGACACCUCCAAAGACCUCAAAAGAGAAUGACCCGAACUUUAACCCUUGACAUAUCCUUUUCCUAUCUCCUGAUUCAGCAUUUUUUUUGUAUUGGUUCACAUUGUUAUCCUCUUUCCUUUUGGGAAAAGUGUGUGCUUCCUUCCUUGUGUCCCUCUGCAAUACAUAUGACAACAAUGAUGUCACUGUUUUAUAUAUGGGUGUAUUAAAUACACAGAAUAAAAAAGAGCUUAAAGUGUCU